AUGACUACCGCAGCACACGGCCUCUUCAAACUACCCGCUGAGUUACGCAACGAGAUCUACGGGCUCGUCUUCACCUCCGAGUACCGUGACGCUGAUGCGGUAAAUCUCCUCACGGCCACACCACCACCCAAGAACUUGCUUCUCACCUGCAAGGCGAUCCAUUCCGAAGCUGGAAAGCUGUACAAGACAUGCUACCAGAGCUUCUGGUCAGAGACGCACUUCGUCCUGUUUCAACGUUCCGGCUACUCGAUCCAAAAGGCGCAAAUGAAGUCGCUGGGCGCCCUAGAUGCCAUCGGACUCGACCACAUCAGGGAUCUGAGGGUGCUCUGGCAUGGCGACACCGACAGCUUCCACCAACUCCUAGAUUUUAGAGGUGGAUGGGUACUCACAGAGCGACGGUUCCCACGUUUGUUCUAUCGCUACAAGCCAGGCGGUCCACCCAGUCAACCGAUGCGCCUGAGAUGGGACAUAAUCAUUAGCGAGGAUCAACUGCGCGAUGAGUGCGAGAACCACGGAUCAGAAGUCACGAUGUACGCACAGCUGUGCGAUCAACUUUGCUAUUGA